CGCCCUCCGCCCGCGCGCGCCCUCCGCCGUUCCCCGCGAGGCUCAUGGAGGGCGCCGCCCGGGCCCCGCCGCUCAGCAGCACCCAGCUGGGGCGCCUGCGGGACGAGCACGGCAAGGUGGUCACUAGCUGCCAAGAAAAAAUUCAGCACUGGAAGAAGGUAGAGAGUGACUAUGGAGCUCUUCAAGAACGACUUAGUACACUGCCUGAUAAACUAUCUUACGAUGUUAUGGUACCUUUUGGUCCCCUUGCUUUCAUGCCGGGAAGACUGGUUCAUACCAAUGAGAUCACAGUUCUUCUCGGGGACAACUGGUUUGCAAAAUGUUCAGCGAAGCAGGCCAUUGAUCUAGUGGAACACAGGAAAAAACAUGUAAGGAAAACACAGGAAGAUUUGCAAAAAGUUAUGAAGAAUUUUGAAUCCAGAGCUGAGUUCACGGAAGAUUUGCAGAAGAUGAGUGAUGCAGCUGGCGAUUUUGUUGAUAUAAGAGAAGUCACUGAAAGUAAUGACACUGAAACAAAAGGAAAGCGCAGAAUUGCUCACAAACCUCAUUCAAAACCAAAAACCUUUGCUUUUGAGGCAAAUCUUCAAGAAAAUGGGACUGUUGAAAAAUCCAGUGGGGACUCGAAAUCAGAGGAAGAGCUUUGGGCCAGACUUGAUGAACUUGAGAGGCAAGAAGAGAUCCUUGGUGAACUAGAAAGGACUUCUGAUACGGUUCAGGCAAACGGACAAGACCCUUCCUCCUCUGAAGAAGAGAGAGAAGGAAAGAAGACAGAUGUGAAUGUAGUUCAUGGGGAAGAAGAACCUAAUACUCAGGGCAACUUUAAAAAAGAAGUAACCAACUCUGAAUUGUUCAGAUGUCAGGAUAAUGGCCCAAAUCAUUAUUGCAGCGAUGAAGAAGAUGAUUUAGCCAUUGCCGAGAAUGGUGUACCAACAAUAUAUUUCUCACAUACUGUGGAACCUAAAAGGGUACGAAUAAACACGGGAAAAAAUACUACUUUAAAAUUCAGUGAAAAGAAAGAAGAGGCAAAGCGCAAGCGGAAGAAUAGCAACGGCAAUGGGCACUCAGCUACGGAACUGCCCAGUAUCAAAACACCAGCAGACAUUUACCGAAUCUUUGUUGAUGUUGUGAAUGGAGAAUAUGUCCCUCGUAAAUCAAUUCUGAAGUCUCGAAGCCGGGAGAAUAGUGUUUGUAGUGAUACCAGUGAGAGCAGCACUGCCGAGUUCGAUGACAGACGAGGAAUUCUGAGAAGCGUGAGCUAUGAUGAAGCAACCUACAGUGAUAACAGCGAAGGGAUCUUGGAGGAGGAGGAGGAAGAGGAGCAGGAGCAUCUUUCCAAGGCUGCACCCUCAUCAGGAGCAUAUGAGGCUUUCUCGGGAACUGUUGUUGAGAAAGAACCUUUGUCUCCCGCUUCAGCGCCACACCCAGUAAUUGCCUAUCCUGUCCUUCCCACCAUUCUGGAGCGAAAAUCUGAAGAAGUUUUGUCUGAACCUUCAGAAGAGGCCACAAAGCGGGUUUCAAAAUUCAAAGCUGCCAGAAUGCAACAGAAAAGCCUAGGUCAUAUGUAGACAAUGGAAGUUUUGGAUUUUCAUGUGUAGUGGCACAGUAUGUAAGAUGGCUUCCAUCUAGCUAAUAAAACGGCAGACUGUGUUGAGUUGAUAUUGUUCAUGUUUAGACCUCUUGUUGAUGGUAUUUCUUUAAAAAAAAAAAUCUGUGAGCAAAAACUUCAAAAUUCUCCUUAUUUUCUUAAUAUCCCUGUAUGCAGUCAGCACCUUUGUACAUGUUUGCCUUAUGAUAACAGCACUUGGAAUAAUUUUCAAAAGAAUAAUCUUCAUAACGCUUUGUGUGUGUGUGUGUUUAAAUCUCAAUACAGGCAGUUUUGUACCAGAUGUGAUGUUCUACGUACCAUAUGGAUCGUUUGAAAGUAACUCUGCAACUUUCAAAUAGAGCCAACAAUUAUAUUUCAUGAUUUGCUUUAGCAUUUUAAGACUCUCUUGUAUCCCCCAUUGUUUUGUAGGGUUUCCUUUUAGGUGUCUGUGCUGACUAAUCAUUUCUUUCCUACUAGCAUAAAACCCCUGAUAACUUGUAUACAAUUGAUGAAACAGAAUGCUGUGUUCACCCACUUUGCAGGGAAGUUUCUUUGAUGGAACCCCUCACCCUUCCCCAGUAUUUUGUAAAAUUAAACUUUUCAAGUAAAAAGAAAAUAUCAGAAA